GCCCCGCCCUCGCAUCAAAUUCCCAUCCAUUCAUUCCUCCACCUUCCGUCAUGGUCCUUUCUUCUAAUCCCGGACCAUGAUGUUACUGUUCCCAUUCUCGACUCGGUAAACUGCUGAACUACACGGCUGGUGGGCAGAGACUCUAUCAACAAUCCCUUCUAUCUCGACACUGUCGACGACUUCACUUGUCCCCACUUCUAUGCACGAUGGUAAUCUUCUCGUUUGAGCGCUUGUCUCAUAGUCGGUUUAAGCAAUGAACGCCAGACUUGUGUGAAACGGAGUACCCAGAAUACGUGAUCACUUGCGCCAACCGCAUUGUUUAUUACAACAGCUACACCCUAGUAUUCUUCGCUCAUCUAUCGCUGUGUGGCGAGACACCGCCAGGUCUCAACAUUUAGUAUGGAUGCGCCUCCCAAUCAUCCCCAGUUGGCCGAUGGCAGCUCCAUGCCUACCCCGAGCUCCUCCGAUACUCAGGAUAAUUUUAUGGCUACUUCGAAUCCUCCCGCCGGAAUGGGCACCGCAUCGCGUACUGUGCAUAUGUCCAAUAUACCUUCCCGAAAUAGCCUACUUGGAAAGAAGCAAUUCACUAAUGCGAAAGUGGCCAUCCCUCGGCAAAGAUCUGGGGUUGCCCCUGGCUAUAGUCGACGUGUGCCUUUGGCCUGCGAAUCCUGCCGCGGGCGGAAAACAAAGUGCAGUGGUGACACGCCGGUUUGCAGACAGUGCAGGGAGCUGAGGGUGACUUGCAAAUACCCAGCGUCAUGGAGGGAACGAACUCAAGGGCAAUUGGACAGCCUCGCUGCGAAAGCCCAAGCGUACGAGAGGUUAUUGAGAGACAUUGGAAACGUUGUGGAUGGAAGAACUGCAGAGCAAAUUAGAAUUACCUUGGAGAAGUAUUCUAGUCCGGGUGGCGAGCGUGCUUCUACUGGCUCUCAGUCAAGUUCCGCGACACCCCAGGAUAAGGACAGUUGUAUUGAUGAAGUGAGCUCUUCCUCUUCUAUUGGGUCCCUAGACGCUAUCGACCGUGUGGAUGAAGAUCUGAAUCGUACUGCCCGCUCUCGAGCUACUGGUUAUAUGGGGAAGAAUUCCGAGGUCACUUGGAUGCAGAGAUUGCGAAAGGAGACAGAACAACGCAUGCGGAAGCUGCCUGGAACCUAUAAUGCGGAGCCCGAGGGUCAACUCGCCAUUCAUUCUAUGAAUUACCAUCUUGAUGAUUUGGAUAUCUCAGUCCCCGGCCCGGUGCAGGUGUAUUGGAUGCCCCCUCGACCAGUGGCGGACAAGCUAUUCGAAGACUACUUGGAAACGGUACACCCAUUCUUUCCCAUAAUCAGCCAUACACUAUUCCGUGCACAGUACAGAACCUUCUUCGAGAGCGCUGCGCGCCCUGGCGACAAAUGGUUGGCCAUCCUUAACUUGAUCUUCGCCAUAUCCGCCAAGCAUGCCCAACUAACGCAGGCACCGUGGCAUGGGGAUGAUAACGAUCAUUUGGUGUAUUUAACUCGGGCUCGAAUCCUUAGUAUGAAUGGCGAUGCUCUAUUUAGCCACCCCGAUCUUCAGCAGGUGCAGGUUGAGGGCUUGGUUGCUUUCUAUCUUCUUGCGUCGGAUCAAAUUAACCGAGCUUGGAAAAUCACAGCUUUGGCCGUGCGCUCGGCAAUCUCAUUGGGAUUGAACAUGAAGAACACUAGCGAAGGCACACCGGGAAUUUCUAAGGAAGCGCGCUAUAGGGUCUGGUGGUGUGUUUAUACUUUCGAACACAUGCUUGGAAUUAUGACGGGCAGAGUUUCCUGCAUUACGGAUGGAAUAUGUACAACACCUUUGCCUCUACCAUUCGAGGAAGACCAACUUCGAGAGCCGGCCGCGACCAAGCUUCUCAAUGACCCAGCCGUCCGCCAGGAAUUGGUGGAAUCGCCUCUAGCAAGCUCUCUUGUUCGACACAUGCCCUCAAAUCCUCACAAGGGCAGGGAAGCGAAACAUACAGACAAACUGCGUGAUACUUCAUGGUUAAAGAGCCAGCCCAUUAGUAUGGCGCUUAUCUUCCUUUAUUAUGUUGAUCUGGCCGUUGUUGGCCAGGAAAUAGUCAACCGGGUGUACUCACUGGAUUGCGUCCUGGUACCGUGGAGGCACAUUGAGAACCGUAUCGGGGAGCUCCGAUCUCGGAUUGACGUUUGGUACAGCAACCUCCCAGAGGCGUUGGACUUCUCCCGGCGUGAAGAUCAGGGUUUAGGCAUGCUCCGUGGGAAACUCUUCUUGGCAUUCCAUUACUACAGUGCUCGAAUCACCUUGGGACGUCCGUGUCUGUGUCGCCGCGAUGCUCAUCAUACUAGCCCUCAGCAGAAGCCCUCUUUUAGUCACGAAAUGGCGGAGAUGACCUUGAACUCUGCGCGCCAGAUGUUGGGCUUGAUCCCGGAUGAACCUGACCCUGUCCAACUCUAUCAGGUUUGCCCUUGGUGGUGCAUCCUGCACUAUCUUAUGCAGACGGCUACAGUUCUCUUGCUUGAGUUAUCGUUCGGUUGUAUUCAUAUGCCAGCCGAGGAGAAAGGUAUGUUCGAAGCGUCCAAGAAGGCCGUACGCUGGCUCUUUUCCAUGUCUGAAUGUAGCCUCCCGGCACGGCGUGCAUGGGAGCUGUGUGACGGCAACCUUCGGCGAAUUGCCGUCGGCAUGGACUAUGACCUGAGUGACCUUCCCACGCCUGGCUUUGAUUCAAACUCGCACGUAUCUAUGGCCCCAAACGCUGUUAGUGGUGUUGAAAUGGGCGUACCUGUCAACCAGACAACGUCUAUACCUGUUUUCUACGACGCAGGCGGCCGUCCAAAUCAACAACCCGCUCAGCACGGGUUCCAGUAUGACCAGACCCACCAAGCGUACCCCGGGAUCCCAUCGAUUGACCCAACUUUAUCGACCCUUGCCCUUUCUUCUACUGGAACGGAUGCGUUCUUCCCUUACGACCCCAUCAGUGGGGAAUUCAUUCGCUCAUUCUUUCCCAUCCCCCAUGAGGAAGAGUCAUGGGAUCAAGCUUGAGCUGCCUGAAAGAUUCAGUUCUUUGUAUAAAUUACUACCAUCAUUUCUGUUGGUUACUGAGGGGUUAUUUUCCCAUCUGUUUGUUCUUGUUCUUGAGGAAUAAUCUCAAGAUCUCAAAUGCUUUAUAUCACUCCUAUUAUGCGCGGUCAUUCGCAUGGGUUGGAUUUCACAAAAUAUCAUCGUGCAAGGAGUUAUUGUGAGAAACAUUGGGAGUUUGCCCGUACGGUGCUAGUGCUGUGGUGAUAGAUGAUGGGUGGUCGGCUCAUGAUUUUGUAUGAUUCUGAUGAACUUCUCCGGAAUUGGCUUUUGUCUACCUAGCUAUGCCUAAUGCACAACCGAAUUACUUUACAAACCAGGCAAAC